GAAAGAGGAGUGCAAUUAAAUAUAUAAUUAAAAAUAAAGAGUACAGCAUUAAAUUGAAUUCAGUGAAGUAAAUAAUUAGUAUUUUGUGUUAUUUUGAAAACAAUAUUCAGUUUUUAGACGCUUGUGCUCAUUUUAUAUUAAAAACAAGUGUUUGUAAAAAUCUUCUAUGGACAGAUUUAUUGUUAGAUCAAAAAGAAAGGCUGACGAUGAAUCUCCCAACAAAGCAAGGCUGACCCUGGGCAAAGGAGCUGACACGAUAAUUGAAACAAGUUCAGAAUCUGAAAAGAACACCGAGUCCGAAUCGGAAAAUGAUGAAGAACCUUCAUGUUCCUCCAAAAAACGCAAUAUUUCCCGGUAUUAUUCCAAGGAAUGGGAGAUGCAAUACAGGUGGCUUAAGCAAGAUGGUGAGACAAAGCGGCCCCUGUGCAUUGUUUGUAAACAACUUUUGUCAAACCAAAAAAACCAUCUUCGACGACAUGCUGAAACAAAGAAACAUCUUAGUAACAUAACCAAAACAUCUGAAAAUGCGAAAAUACAACUGACUGAUUAUUUGCCACAUCGAAAUACAGACUUACGAAAACAUGUCGCUAUUGCUGAAAUUAAGUUGGUGUUACGUGCAAUUACAAAAAACCAAUCUUUCAAUUCUAUGGACGGACUUGGUAAAUUCAAUUCCAUGAUUUUUCCUGAUUCAAAUAUAGCUAAAUUGGUAUGUAAACAUAUUUUGGUACCAAAAAGCAAUAGGUAUAUAUAUUGUUUAAUUAUUAAGGUAUCAUGUGGUCGUACAAAAUCAACUGCAAUUGCACAGUUUCUCGGUAAAGAAGGUCAACUCGCUAUAGUCUCUAAAAUGCAAAAACAACAAUUUAGCCUCAUUAUAGACGAGACAACCGACAUUUCCAUCAAUAAAUGUCUAGUAAUGGUAGUGAGGCAAUUCAACAAGGACCGAGGAAAGACUGAAGAUAAUUUUUUUCAAUUAGUACAACCAGAAAAUGAAAAAGGCGAAACAAUUUGUAAUGCCGUUAUUGAAUCACUAGAAAAUAAUAAGAUUCCCUUAGAAAAUUUUAUCGGGUUUGCAACUGACAACGCUUCCAGUAUGGUUGGGAAAAACAUUGGGGUGUCUAGUUUAUUAAAAAAGAAAAUCCCCCACCUGUUCCAUCUUGGUUGCGUUUGUCAUUCUGUAAAUCUUAUGAAUAUUUCAGCUUUGAAAUGUAUACCAGAAGAAGUUGAAAAGUUACCCAAGAACAUUUAUAAUUUUUUCAAAAGUUCAAACAGGCGAGUAGAUUUUUCAGAAUUGCAGGAUAUGUUCAAUGUCCCAGAACACAAGCUUUUAAGUCUUUCGGAUACUAGAUGGCUUUCGUUCGAGUCGGUGGCAAAACGAAUUGUAGAACAAUGGACGAUAUUACAACAUUAUUUCCUUCGGGCUCAAUGUGAAGAAAAAUGUCCAAGGACAAUGGAUAAAAUACGUGCAAUUCAAGAUGGAUUGUCGUCUGAAAACCUCAUUUAUUUAAAAUUCUUGGUAUAUAUUUUGGGUCUUAUGAAUAAAUUUAACAAAUGCUUUCAAAGCGAGUCAUCACAAAUAGUAUACCUGAUUACAUAUACAAAGGAAAUUUUACUCCAAAUUUUACAAAAUUUCCUGAAGAAGGAAUAUAUAUCGGUCACAAAGCUAGAAAGUAUAAAUUUUAAAGAUACACAUAAUAUAAAAGAUGUUUUAAAUAUAUAUAUAGGUCAUGAAGCUGAAACAGAAAUGCAAGCUAAAAUAUACUUGAUGUUGAAUGCAUAACUAUAAAAAACAAUAUUUUAAAAUUUUACCAAAAACUUUGUGACGAGAUACUGUCAAGGAUAAAUAUAAACGAUAAACAAUUAAAUGUUUUAAGAGUUUUGCAACCAACAUUUUUUACCUCAAACGAAGACUUUAAUUAUAUUGAUCUCAUAUAUGAAUUUAAUUAUAUUAUAAGUGAACCUGAAGCUUUUAUUAGCGAAUUCAAACUAUUAGAAAGUAAAGUUAAUGAUAAGUCAUACAAACACAUUUUUAACAUUAAAAAUGUUGAGAUUUUUUGGCAUACUAUAGGUAGUUUAAAAAA